CUUGCCCUGGCAGUGUGGGCGGAGCCAGGGAUCAGCCGUCAACACUGCUGCAGAAAGAUGGGGACCCGCAGACAGGCUGGCUGCAUAGCGUAGUAGGGAGGUAAGCGUCCUCCUCACACACAGCCCGGGUCAUACGUGAUGGAGACGGGGUGCAGUGCACACGGGGGCUGCCAGGCUAUGAUAUUUAUACACAUAGCAGAAACAAGCCUGCGGCUGUUCGUCCCUUUUCUCCUUCAUGCCUGAAAUCUGAGGCUUUCACCCCUCUCUCUGCCCUGAUCCUCCCAAGCAGUAUGGGGGACAUUGAAGAUUUCUGUCCACAUCUGGAUUCAAUUGGAGAAGUCACCAAGGAGGAUUUGAUCUUAAAAUCAAAGGGGUCCUGCGAGUCAUGCGGAGCUGGCGGUCCCAACCUAUGGGCCUGUUUGCAGGAUGGUUGCCAGUACGUGGGAUGUGGAGAAUCUUAUGCCGAUCACAGUACCCUACAUGCCCAGGCUAAGAAGCACGAUCUCACGGUGAACCUGACCACCUUCCGAGUCUGGUGCUACGCCUGUGAGAAAGAGGUUUUUUUGGACCCUCGGGCACCUUCUCCUACUCACUCCCAGUCAACCUCCCCCAAGCUAAGCCACCGGGAUGUGCCGGCUGCCGCUCAUCCGCUGAAGUCUGUCCCCAUUGCUGUGGCUGAUGAUGGAGAGUCGGAGAGUGAUGAGGAUGACCUGAAGCCCCGAGGCCUUACAGGAAUGAAGAACAUUGGUAAUUCGUGUUACAUGAACGCAGCUCUGCAAGCUCUGUCUAACUGCCCUCCAUUGACGCAGUUCUUUCUAGAAUGCAGUGGCCUUGUGCGCACAGAUAAGAAGCCAGCGCUGUGCAAGAGUUACCAGAAACUGAUCUCCGAAUUAUGGCACAAGAAGCGCCCUAGUUACGUGGUGCCAUCUAGCCUGUCCCAUGGAAUCAAGCUGGUUAACCCCUUGUUCCGAGGAUAUGCACAACAGGACACACAGGAGUUCCUCCGCUGCCUUAUGGACCAGUUGCACGAGGAGCUUAAGGAGCCCGUACCCACUUAUAACCAGGAAGAGGAUGACGGGGAGGAUCAGCGGGAGGUUGAGCGUGGCACAACGGAGGACGACUUUCUGUCCUGUGAAUCCGGUGGAGAAAUGGGUGAUGGGGAAUCGGGAGGAGGGGUGGGCUCGCUGGCUGAGAUGGAGCUAUUGAUCCGGGAAGAAGCCGGGAGGUCCAUCUCGGAGAAAGAAAAACUGAAGGAAAGAAGACUGUCAUACUGCCACCGCAGAACCAGCUCUGAGCAGGCCGACGAGGAUGCCGACGUAGACACUGCAAUGAUACCAGAGCCUGACAAUGAAGCCUACAUGCACUGCUCCUCUCGGCCUUGCAGCCCUCACCCUACCGACGCACAUCCUAAGCUUUCCAGCAGCCCACCUCGUUCCAGCCCCCUACGCUCAGCACACAGCUAUAUCCUAAAAAAGGCACAAGUCAUGAGCGGUGGGAAGCGUCGGACUGAGGUAAAAUAUCGCAGUGUCAUCUCGGAUAUCUUCGAUGGGUCCAUCCUAAGCUUGGUACAGUGUCUGACCUGUGACAGGGUGUCCACUACUAUUGAGACUUUUCAGGACUUGUCACUGCCAAUCCCAGGAAAGGAGGACCUUGCCAAGCUCCACUCCACCAUUCAUCAAAGUGCGGUCUCCAAACCAGGCACCUGCGGAGAAAACUACAACUCCCAGGGGUGGCUGACCUUCCUAAUGGACUAUAUCCGCAGGUUUGUGGUCUCCUGCAUCCCGAGCUGGUUCUGGGGACCGGUGGUCACGCUGGAGGACUGCCUCGCAGCUUUCUUUGCUGCUGAUGAAUUAAAAGGUGAUAACAUGUACAGCUGUGAGCGUUGUAAAAAGCUACGGAAUGGAGUUAAAUAUUGUAAAGUUUUACGGCUGCCAGAGAUCCUCUGUAUUCACAUGAAACGUUUCCGACACGAGGUGAUGUACUCCUUUAAAAUCAGCAGCCAUGUCUCUUUCCCCUUGGAGGGGCUUAAUCUGCGACCCUUCCUAGCUAAGGAGUGUGUGUCUCAUAUCACCACGUAUGACCUUCUGGCUGUUAUCUGCCAUCACGGGACUGCAGGUAGCGGCCAUUACAUAUCCUACUGCCAGAAUGUGAUUAACGGACAGUGGUAUGAGUUUGAUGACCAGUACGUGACAGAAGUGCACGAGACAGUUGUGCAGAAUGCAGAGGCAUACGUCCUGUUCUACAGAAAGAGCUGCGAGGAUGCAGAGCGGGAACGGCAGAAGGUUGUAUCAUUAGCAGCAAUGAAAGAAUCGGGUCUCCUGCAGUUCUACAUAUCCCGCGAGUGGCUGAACAAGUUCAACACAUUUGCAGAGCCUGGGCCAAUCAGCAACCAGAGCUUCCUGUGCUCUCAUGGAGGAAUUCCUCCCAAUAAAUACCAUUAUAUCGAUGAUCUGGUUGUCAUCCUGCCGCAGAAUGUAUGGGAAUAUUUGUACAACAGAUUCGGAGGGGGCCCCGCUGUGAACCAUCUUUAUGUUUGCUCCAUAUGUCAGGUGGAGAUUGAGGCUUUGGCAAAACGCAGGAAAACUGAGAUCGACACCUUUAUUAAGCUAAACAAAGCGUUCCAGGCAGAGGAGUCUCCCAGCAUUAUAUAUUGUAUCAGCAUGCAGUGGUUUCGCGAGUGGGAAGCUUUUGUCAAAGGCAAAGACAACGACCCCCCAGGUCCAAUUGAUAACAGCAAGGUGGCAUUGACCAAGAGCGGAGGGCACGUGCAGCCAAAGCAGGGAGCGGAUUAUGGGCAGAUCUCUGAGGAGACGUGGAAUUACCUUUUCAGCCUGUACGGAGGUGGCCCUGAGGUAGCCAAUCGACAAACUGUGGCACAGCCCCAGGAGGUGGAUAGUCUGCAUGGUGAGCAGAAGAUAGAAGCUGAAACGCGGGCAGGAUAGCUACCACCAAGAUCCAGAUGGAUGUCGACCCCUAGUGGUAGCAUGGACUACUGCACCAGGUUAAUGCACUUCUUGAAGCACCUUCAGAUGAACCGCACAGACACGGUGUUUUGUUCUACAUAUAGUUUGGAUCUAAUGUUGCAGAUAGUAAAACUCCUUGAGACAUAAAAUUAAAACUUCCCAGGUCUUAGUUUACCAAGUAAGCUGCAACUCACCAAUGUAACACGCUAUGUAUGAAGUUCCCUUAUUCCAGGGGUGGCAGAGCUGUCUGUAUAGCAUGCCCUUGCAGCAGAGAGGAUCCACACGUGCGUUACCGGACAGCUGACGUUGGAAUAAGUGUUUACAGCAAGGGUUAGCCUCGCCCCGCUGCCAGCUUUGUCUUACUUCUAGUAUUGCCUUGUUACUAAACGGUUAUGUGCACUCACUCCACAGACCCCGGAUGAGGGGCAAGUGUGUGUUUCAAGAUAACCUGCUUCCUGUAGUGUCAGUUGCCCGCUGGAAGCAAAUAGGUGUAAUGGGUGCUCACAGCGGACGGACAGGACAUAAUGCACUUUGGAAAGAAGUGAUGGAUGACAUUACUAUAAUGCGUGGCCUCUGUUAGCAGGGGUGGUCUCGUGUAGAAUAGGUGACUCUCUCGGGCUCUGUUGCCCUGAUCCUUUCCUUCCUUGGUAACUAGAUCUUGUAGUUCCACUAGACUUUGCCUUCUGAGCUCAGUCACACGUGCUGUAAGCUGCCUCAGACUUCAGUUGUUCCUCACUGUGAUGUGCAUGUUGUUGUAAUGGUAAUACCCUCUGUACAUAUUCAGUAUUAAACAGCUUGGGCUGGGAGAAAUACUCAAUAAAUUAACAAAUCUCAA